AUGGCUUCCAAGUUCUGGCCUAAAGGUGGCCUUCCUGGUAUCUUGCAUCAUUAUACUGAAACACUCGUAACAUUCGAGUAUACAUCCGGAGCGGUCCCUAAACCCUAUAGUCUUUUGUUCCUCGGAGGACUAGGAGAUGGACUUGCCACCACAUCAUUCAUGGCCGAUAUAGCCAAAGCUCUCCAGCCCACACCAUGGUCACUUUUUUCUCUGAACCUCUCCUCGUCAUAUGCUCAAUGGGGAACAUCUCAUCUAGACCGAGACUCAGACGAAAUCGCCGAAUGUCUCCGCUACAUCCAAGAGUACAAGAGCGCGACAUAUGCCAACAGCAAAAUCGUACUGAUGGGUCAUUCCACGGGAUCCCAAGUCGUGUUGCAUUAUCUGCAUCGACCCAAUCCCCACACCACCACUCCCAUCUUUGAUCCGCAUCUCCAACACGCCACGCGUCCGGUGCUCGACGGCGCCAUCAUGCAAGCACCGAUUUCGGACCGCGAGGCCAUCCAAUCGGUCUUACGAGAUGGUCUUGGGAAACGCCCCGCAACCGAUUGCCAAGCGGCUUUCCGUCAGAUUCAAGAGAUAUGCAAAGAUGCGACGAAGCGCGAUCAAGCUAUCGAUAUCAUUCUCCCCAUGACCCUAACGUCUCAAAUCGGGUACGGGAAUACGCCGAUCAGCUGUCGACGAUUCAUGAGUCUAGCCAGUCCGCAAAGUCCCCAACAGCCAGAAGAAGACGAUUUAUUCUCCUCGGAUCUGAGUGAUGAGCAACUGGCCAAAACGUUUGGGAUGAUUAGGGAGAGGGGUUUGUUGCGCGAUCGCUUGGUGGUUUUCUAUUCUGGGGCCGAUCAGGCGGUGCCGGAGUGGGUGGAUAAGAAGAAAUUGUUGGGGAGGUGGAGGGAUGCGGCGGAUCGGGGGGGUAAGGGGAAGGGUGAGGGUGCGGAGAAGGAGAAGGUUUGGGAUGAUGAGUUUACGGCCAUUGUGCCGGGCGCCAGUCAUGCGAUGAGUAAUGAUGAUCAGGCGGGUCCGAGGAUGUUUUUGGUCGAGAGAUUGAUGGGUUAUUUGCUGCGCAUUGAGAUGAAGAAGUAG